UAAACCAUCAUAUCUAAGUAAAUAGUAGUAAUAGUAUAAAUUAACGGGAUGUGGGAUAAAGUUUACUACACAAAAGAUAAUCACAUAGAUUUCCUUCAAUCAAAGCUAAAACAAGUUCGUUCUUUUUUUUUUUUUUUUAAUUAUUAUUCAAUUUGUUUUUUUUUUUUUUUUAAAUUAUCGCUCUUGGAUUUUUCAGAAGUUAAAAAGAGACUUUUUGCUUAAUUUAUAUGUAAUUUUUUGGGAGUAAUUUGUCCGUCGUUCUACCUUUGUCAUUCUUUUGGUGUAUAUGUAUAUGUAUAUGUAUAGCCUACGAUGAUCAUAAAACAAACCUCACAAUAAUAUAUAUAUAGAGAAACAACACCUAUUUCAAUUCACCACCUCCCUUCUCAACUCUCUUUCUCGUAACUUCGCAAGUGUGUGGUACACAAUAAUCUCCUACUAGCAAUUUAACAAGAAGAGUAGAAAAUUAUGAAUAAAUGGAUAAUCAGUGGACUGAUUACCUUAAGUGUAACUACUGCAAUGAUCACGAUUGUGUCGACGGGGUUUUGGCUAUUGAACCAGCCAAGCGACAUGUGCCUAGGCAUCAACACGAAUGCGACGUAUGAUGGGCGUGGAGAAUUCACGUCAAUUGUCUACGUUGGUGCAGGAUUCGGCCUAAUCGUUACGGUCUUGUGCCUGUUUGUUAUGCCAAUGCGCCACAAUUUGAAAAACGGCGAGUCUGGUAACAAGCGUGUGAUCAUUGCCGUUACUUGCUUUGGGCUACAGCUUGUCCUCCUUAUAUUGUUUGCUAGCCUCUAUGCUCUUACACAAAGCACCGUCGGUUUCGCCGAGCUUGAGAAGUGGAUUUCUAGCCCCGAAAGAUGGAUGAACAUCAAACAUUGCCUUUACCAAGAUAGCAAUGUAUGCGGUCAUUUACGGCAAAAGUUUGCUGAUGAUACUCAAGAUCAAUUUUUUGCUAGAAAGUUGACUCCUAUUGAGUCGGAAUGUUGCAAGCCGCCGUUGGAGUGCAACUUUAGUUUCUCAAGCCCUACUAUUUGGAUCAAGCCAUCAAACGGUACCUACUCAAAUCCUGACUGCUAUGAAUGGGAAAAUGACCCAAAGAAGCUUUGUUAUAAUUGUCAAGUAUGCAAGCUUGGUUACGCUCAAGAAUUGAAGAAAGCAUGGACAAUUAGUGGCACUAUUGUCGUUAUAGCAUGGCUGUUCUUUGUUUCUGGUUUCAUAUUGCCAAGAAUGCUUGUUAAGGAACACGAAGAAUUAAGGUAGGAUGAAUAUGUACUCCAAUCCAUACGAUUUAUGCACAUGCAUUUGUACAAUCUCAAAUCUAGUACGUAAGGUAAAAUGGUACAACAAUGUAUAGUAUACGAAUACUAGUAUAUACAUAUAAUUCAAGUAUCAUAUGAAUUACAAUAUUAUGAAGCCUAAGAUACGUACUCUGUAAUUUUAUGUUAUUAAUAUUUAUUAUAAUAGAUACUCUGUUGAGUAUUAG